ACUUUCCUUUGUCGGGUGAGUGAGCGAGUAGCGACUGAGUUGGUUGGUGUAUGCCAUAGUUACUUGUCACUGUCACUCGACGACCGGAGAAGAUAGCGCGCCUCUCCGUCGAUCGACUGCGCAGCUGCUGAGGAUAUCCAGCCUGUUCCGUCGAUCGGCAUGGCCUCUACGAAGCCUCGGAUCAUGGUGCUGCCGUUCCCGGCGCAGGGCCACGUCACCCCGCUGAUGGAGCUGUCGCACCGCCUCGUCCAGCACGGCUUCGAGGUCACCUUCGUGUGCACCGAGCCAAUCCACGCGCUCGUUGUCGACGCCCUGCGACAUGCCACUGGCGGCGGCGGUGGCGAUGCGCUGGACGGGAUCCGCCUGGUCUCCGUACCGGACGGCAUGGCCGAGGGCGACGACCGCAGGGACCUCUGCAAGUUUCUCGACGGGAUCUCGCGGCGCAUACCGGGCUACGUGGAGGAGCUCAUGAGGGAGACGAAUGUGAAGUGGCUCGUCGGCGACGGCAACAUGGGGAUGUGCUUCGAGGCUGCCAAGAAGCUCGGCGUCCGGGUCGCCUGCGUCUGGCCGGCGUCCGCGGCGGGCCUUGGGACGCUGCGCCGGGUUCCCCAGCUGAUUGAGGACGGCUUCUUCGACGACAAGGGCAUCCCGAGACGCCGCGGGGCGUUCGAGGUCGCGCCCAACAUGCCACCGAUGUACACAUCGCACAUGCCGUGGAGCAUCGACGGCGCACCGGAGGGGCAGCAGGUAUCUUUCCGGCUGGUGUCCCGGAACACCCAGGCGACGAGCCUCGCGGAGAUCAUAGUGUGCAACUCGUUCCUCGACGCCGAGACCGCCGCGUUCGAGCUGUUCCCCGACAUAGUGCCCAUCGGCCCGCUGUACGCCGACAGUGAGCUCCGGAAGCCGGUCGGGCAGCUCUUGCCGGAGGAUACGGCGUGCCUGAAGUGGCUCGACUCGCAUCCGGACAGAUCCGUCGUGUACGUGGCGUUCGGCAGUUUCACCAUCUUCGACCCACGGCAGUUCCGUGAGCUCGCCGAGGGGCUAGAGCUCAUCGGCCGGCCGUUCUUGUGGGUGGUGCGCCCGGACUUCACCUCCGGCGGCCUCAGCAAGCUGUGGUUCGACGAGUUCCAGGACCGCGUCUCCGUCAACGGCAUGAUCGUUAGCUGGUGUCCCCAGCAGCAGGUUCUGGCUCAUCGGGCAGUAGCCUGCUUCGUGUCGCACUGCGGUUGGAACUCUACGAUGGAGGGGGUGAGGAACGGCGUGCCAAUCCUAUGCUGGCCGUACUUCGUGGACCAGUUUGCAAACCGGAGCUACAUCUGCGAUAUCUGGAGAACCGGCUUGGCCGUGACUCCCGGUGAAGAUGGCGUCGUAACGAAGGAGGAGGUGACCACCAAAAUGCAGCAGGUCAUGACUGACGAGGGCAUUGCAGAAAGGGCACAAAUUCUUAAGGAUUCAGCUGACAGGAGCCUCAGAGAGGACGGCUCGUCGUGUAAGAAUUUCAAGAGAUUUGUUGAUCUCCUAAGGGAAUGAGCUGAAUUUUGCUUUUUCUUAGCCAGGGUGCUGUCAACCUCUAUGAUUUCUCGUCAGCUUAAGUGAGAACCAACGCUUUAUGUAAGUUUUGUUUAUGUAAGGACUAAAGAUCAAUGUAAAAUAGAAGGAUGUACUUCAUACACUA